AUGGCGCUAUACGAGGGGAUAGCGCUAAUACAAGAGAAGCAAGCUGUCGUGUUGGACCUCGGCACUGACUACACAAAAUUUGGGUUCACGGGCGAGGCGGCGCCGCGCUGCAUCGUGCGCUCGGAGUUCUGGUGCCCGGCCACGCGGCGCUACCGGCGCCUGCACGACUACCGCUCGGCCGCGGAGCUCUACGACAACCUCGUGCACAUGCUGCACCAGCUCUACUUCAGGCAUGUGCUGGUCAACCCGAAGGAACGCAAAGUUGUAGUGGUGGAGUCUCUGCUUACCCCCACUCUGUUUCGGGAGACGCUAGCUAAAGUGCUCUUCAUACACUAUGAGGUGUCGGGCGUGGUGUGGGCGGACAGUCCUCGUCUGUGCGCGCUCACGCUGGGCGCGCCCGCCGUGCUCGUCGUCAGCAUCGGCGCAAAAGAUGUAGAGGUCGCCGCAGUGGUGCACUCGUGCGUGGUACUACACGCGCUGCAGUCGCAGCCCCUGGGCGCGCGCGCCGUGCACGCCGAGCUGGCCAGACUACUGGACGAGCACAACGGGGGCCCGCUACACUUGGACGACCAGGUCAUCGAAGACAUCAAAGUGAAGACGUGUUUCGUGACGACUCGGGAGCGCGCGGCGCAGUGGAGCUCGGAGCGGCCGCCGCAGCCGGCGCGCGACGUGCGCUACGGCCGCGUCACGGUGCCGGGGCGCGCGCGCGAGCUGGCGGCCGAGCCGAUGUUCCAGCGCGACCACGAGCUGGCGUCGCUGCCGGACGCCGUGCUGCAGUGCGUGGCGGCGUGUCCGCGCGACGUGCGGCGCGCGCUGGCGGCCGGCGUGCUGGUGACGGGCGGCGGCGCGGCGCUGCCGGGGCUGCGCGCGCGCCUGGCGGCCGAGCUGCGCCACCUGGUGACGCAGGCGCCGUACCGCGACACGCUGCACGUGCGCGAGUUCAAGUUCCACGACGCGCCGUCGGCCCCCAACGCGUGCGCGUGGCUGGGCGGCGCGGUGCUGGGCGCGGGCGAGGCGGGCGCGGGCCGCGUGCUGGCGCGGGAGCAGUACGCGCGCGAGCCGCGCCUGCGCGACUGGGUCUGUCUGCUCGACAACACGCCGCCCGCGCACCCGCACCGCGCGUACCUCGACAUAUAG